GUUUCUAUAAACUUAGAGUAUUCUUCACAAGCAUCUCAAUACUUCACUUCAGAUCAAGAAUCUUCACUAGAAAGCAACAUUUAAAGGGAAGUUCAUGGCAUCAGCAAGUGGCUUUCCCGCAAGUUUUUAUGGAGAGCCAGGUGUGCUUGGGCUCCUGGCCAAUGGCAUCAGUGCUUUCCUUGUCCUACUGCAGAACUUCCAUGGGGCCAGGACUGGUGUUCCUGCAGAGGGAGUGGAAAACAUAUUAGCAGGCGUUCAUCUCAUUCUAAUUGGGGGAGUGUGUCAACUUGUGGCAGGCUUGCUGUCUUUUCGAAAAUAUGACCAUCUGAGUGGGACAUCAUUUGUAGGAUAUGCAGCACUAUGGGCAAGCUAUGGGGCGACAAGAAUUUUCCUAGGUGCCAACCAACAAAGUACAAACCUAUUCAAUGACUCCACAAUGAUAAACGGUACAUUUCAAGAUCUGUUCACAAACAAUAGCAUCAAUAAAACAGACUUGUUCAUCAAGGAGUCUGCCAUAGCUGGGCUGGUGCCUUAUAUCCUGCUUUCCUUCCUACUGGCCUUCUGUUCAGCAACUGUAAACUACAUCAUGCCCUUUGUGUUUGGGGCCAUCACCCUCACGCUGAUAUUUGAGGCUGUGGGUCUGGUGGCAGGGUGGGCUCUGGUGGUCUCUGGGGUUCUGGAGCUCCUAAUCCUGCUAUUUGCCAUAUAUGGCUCAUCAGCACUGCUAAUCAAGGGACUGGCCCAGCGCUACGUGCUAAAGGGUUUUGGAAACCCUCUCUUCAAUGUGCUGCUCCUAGGAACCACCAACGGCAGUAGCUCCCAAAGCUUGGGCCAAGAGAAGAAGAAGAACACAAAAUAUGCUGAACCGAUGGCCUUGGGAUUCUUCUGCGACACAGUCUCACCAUUUAUCUUUGCUUUCUAUGCCUUUAACUACUUCCCAUCGGUCUCAGUAGCUGUCAUCUGGAUAACCAUCAAUUCGGCUGCUCAGCUUCUAUCUAGCUAUUACGCAUACAUGCGUCAAGACUGCUACCAUGCAACCAAGUUUGGCCUGCACUGCGUGUUUUGGUUGGUGAAGACUUGGGAAGAGCAUGUGGUGUCUGUAACCAUCAGCCGGGCUGAAGCUGGUGAAGUAAGGCACGCCAUGGUUGGCAACUGGUUCUUCGUGUCUGCCGCCUUGGUGCUCUGUAUUGCAAGUCUAAACAAAGACAGUCUGGAGCUAGUUCACAACUCAUUUUUUGUCCUGGUGACCAUAUCAACCAUCUCCCAGAUUCCCAUUGAGAGGUACUACAUCUUUUUUGGAGUGACCUGCUCCAUCUUUACUCUCCUGUCCUACUAUGGCACCUUUGCUCGCCUCAUCAACACCAUUGCUGAGAAGGCCUUGAUUCCAGUUGGACCCCAGCCUGUUUCCACCGAAUCCCUGCAGAAAUAUCUCAGUUUCCUCAAGAGAUCCAAACAGCAUGAGCCUGAAGAUAAAGGUGCACAGCUCCCUGAUGCUUUGUUCUAUCUUUGCAAUGGAGUGGCCGCACUCUCAGCCAUUCACAGCAGUCAACUCGGCCUGGCGUUUUUCGACCUAACUGUUCCUUGGGUGCUAAUCCCAGGAGCCAUCAUCCAGGCCUACGUCAGUCGACUACAGGUACAGGGUGGCCAGAGAUUCGGUUCUGUUGUUCCCUCCUUUUAUGUGGCUAUUUGGGCAACUUGGAGCUGGUUUAGGUUUGCAGGACACCGUUUGCAAAUAUCCACAGAGCCAGCGAGUGGAUUUGCAGCUGGGUCAAUAGCAUUCCUGGUCAUCAAUGCUUUCUUGAUUCUAGUCGCGGCCUACAGCAAUCUUGUUCUUCUGGCAUUGACCACAAUCAUGGAGGUCAUCAUAGUUUGUUUUCUCCUCUCUACUCUUGGAAGACUGCCCUACCAGCUAGAAGUUGCCAUGCUAGCAAUUUUUGCCAUCAUAUGUUUGUAUGGCAUGCUAGCAUCCCUUGUGAACAGUAUCUUCUCUAAGACCCUAAUACCAGUUGGACCUUCCCUUAUCAAGGACAAGAAAAAGAAAGAAUCUGAAACAACAUAGCCAUGUUUUGUUGCAAACUCUCGGGAAACCAGUGGACUCCUCAAGAUUGCCAAAUUGCUUGAAAACAAUGGAGUGUGUGGCAUCCCUACAGAUACUGUCUAUGCCUUGGCUGCUUCAUGCAAGAACCCCAGUGCUAUCGAGAAGAUCUACUCUAUCAAAGAUCGUCCUGCAGAGAAGCCAAUUUGCAUCUGCAUCUCAAGUGUGGAACAGCUUGUGGCCACCAAACCUCCUUUCAGUCCUCUCCUAUGGGAGUUCAUGAGAAACGUCUACCCCGGAGGCAUCAGUUGCAUUGUCCCCAAGGGCGAUUGGCUCCUCAAACUCGGUGUGGGUCCUGCAUAUGACCGUGUGGGGACCAGAGAUAGCAUUAUGAUUAGAGUACCUGACCACUCUGCCACUGCUCACCUGUGUGAAUUCACUGGCCCAUUGGCCAUUACUUCAGCCAAUCCCAGUGGAGAAGCGGACAGUACCCAUC